UGAGAUGGGUGAGUGGUCAAAUACCAGGUAGAAGAGGUUCCUUUAGAAGCUAUGCUACUGCAAAACCAGAAAAGAUUAUACCAAUCAAGAAGAAAAAGAGACUUGAUGAAGUAUGCCUUGAACAAUAUCAGCAAUAUAGUAGAUCCAUCAUCCAGUCAUGGAUUUUGCAAGGAAAGGUAUAUGUGAAUGGGAAGAGAAUUAUAAAGCUGGUACACCUGUGUCUGACAAAUCUGUUGUGGAGAUAAAAGCUGAAGUUCCCAAAUAUGUAUGUAGAGCUGGACAUAAGUUGGAAGGUGCCAUUGAACAGCUCGGUGUUGAUGUUGCUGGUAAAGUGGCUCUUGAUUCUGGGCUGUCAACUGGAGGAUUUACUGACUGCUUACUUCAGUAUGGUGCAUCACAUGUUUAUGGCGUUGAUGUAGGUUACGGACAGGUAGCAGACAAAAUUCAAAGAGAUGAACGUGUAACUAUUAUAGAGCGGACAAAUUUAAGAUAUAUCAAAGAACUCCCACAAAAUGUUGAUUUGGUGACCCUAGAUCUCUCAUUCAUCUCUAUUCUAACGGUCAUGCCUGCUGUGGUAAAUGUUAUGAAGGAAGAUGCUGCAUUAGUGACCUUGGUUAAACCACAAUUUGAAGCUCGGAGAUCUCAAGUAGGAAAGGGAGGGAUAGUGAAAGAUCCUGCUGUCCAUCAAGAGGUUCUCGAGAAGAUUACAAAGGGAGUGGAGAGUUUUGGUUUCUGCAGCAAAGGUUGGAUUGAGUCUCCUCUCAAAGGUGCCGAGGGUAAUACAGAAUUCCUUGUUCACUUCACCAGAAUCCAUAACAAAGGUGUUGAAAAUCAUGAAGAAAUUAGUGAAGAAAUUUAGCUUGAUGAUGCAUUUCUUCAACCUUCAGAGAAGAUUGUUCUUUUGGAAGAUGUAGCAGGUGGGAGAGAUGUAUUCCUGUAUAGUAAUGAGUUGUUGGUGCCAUUGAACGGUAGUGGUGAAUUUUUGUAUGUACCAUUAAACCAAAUGACUCAUUAUUAGUUAAAGAAAGCAAUGUUGAAUUUUGGAUUUUUGAAAUUUGAUUUCAACCAUAUCAUCAUGAUUUGAUAGCCGAAUAUUUGCUCGA